AAAAAUACAAUAACGAGGUAUAAAUUACAUGUUAACUUGAAGGAUGUAAACCUUCUCAAAAGCCAUUACAUUGGAGACACGUCAAGAUGGCUGCAGAGAGCCCAGGAUAAACAUUAAACACUAGGGAGAAGAACUUACGAAAUCAAGAUGACGCAUGAAAUACAUUUAAAGAACAACAAAUACCGGCAGUGGGUUAAGGCUGGCCUAGGCUUGGGUUAUCUUCAAGAGGGACUUGCGCCAUUUUGUGAUGACAUAGGAAGACAGCAGCACAAAGAUAUUAUAAACAAAAUACAACAAACAAAGACUCCUAAACCAAACGUACCAUGUGGCGUCUGUCAGAUAACAACUCUCCAGCCAGAUCAUGUCCGAGUCUCAAAAGGGAUAUGUCCCCUCAAACAAGAUAAAUGUAACUGUUGCUUUCCAAGUAAUAAGAUACCCUGUCCAAACAACGUAUGUGGUGCCAUCUAUGACAGCAUUAUACAGAAUCAUGCAUCAAUACCACCGGCACCUUUUUGGAAAAACAGUGAUGUCCAACAGCGGACAUCAGACCCAUGGAGCUUGUGCAAAUGUUUUAUAAAUGCUCCUGGGUACAAGGACAAGACAUCAGCAGUUGACACUGACUGUACAGGGUUGCUUCAUGUUAUCAUAAACAACAGAUAUUUUCAUAGUCAUAUUGGAUGCAAAGUUACGGGACCAAACACUCUUUUUUCAAAGUUUUAA